CUUCAUGGAGAAAGUCCGCAAGGUUGAAUUUGGACUCGAAAAGCACAUCACAUCGAAAAAAUCCAACAAGAAGAUCAGAGCCAAGCUAUUCGUACCAGUAUUCAGAAGUUUAGAAAUACCUGGAGAUACAGAGAUGAGUGGGUAUGGAACUUUGUGAGCUAACUACGAUCUUGGCGACCACGGUGAAAGAAGCCUGACCGGUAUCAGAGUCGAAGAGAAGAAGAGGUAUGAGGAAAUUGAAGAAGGGAAAUUGUGUGAGAAGAGGUAUUAUGAGUUUGGCAAGGAGAGUGUUAAGGAAGUUACGUGAGUUUAUCAAGGGCAUGCGUUUUUUGAAGUUCAUAUGAAGCUUUCGAAGUUGCCAGAGAGGUUUUUAUGGUCAAAUACAAAUGGAACCCAUAAAAUAAAAAGUGAACUCUGGACUGACAGUGUGCUUAUGAGUAGCAUUCAGUCCCAAUUCUGUGUUAGAAUAAGAGGAUAUCACACUGAAGUAGUAGACCCUCUCUUCAAGAGAAAGAAGAACGAUGGAAGAACAGAGAACUAUAUGCUACUUGACUUUCUUCAGAAAGAAUUCAAGAAUAGAUAUAAGAAGAAAGGGCCAAGUUAUGUGAAGAACAUCUACUAUAUCGAAGAUCUGAUGGUGCGGAAUAUGCACAAUGGAGUUAAGAAGUUGGAAAAGAUGUUAUCAAAGUUGCCUUUUGCUGUUAAUUACUCCUUUAUGUGCUUGCUUAGCACAAAAAGGAUCCAUUUCCUUGAUUAUUCAUUAGACCAUUAUUGAGAAACUAUUGAUUGGCUACAAGAAGUCUGAGAGUCUUCAGAGGAUGAAAAUGUAUAUAAGGAAUUAGAGCAUUCAAUGAGAAAAAUAACUUUUGCUUACCACCAGAAAAGCUGUUUUAAAAAGAACCUUUUGGAAAUGAUACAAAGUAACUACGAAAGGAUCCAUGCAAAUAAAAUUCUUCGUAUCUUUGAUUUGCCUAUCCAUAAAAAUAGACUAGUGAAGAUUAGAAUUGUUUCAAUCACCCCUUCAAGGAUAGAGCUCAACUUCGGGACGAUCACUAUGCCAAAUAGAGCUAUUCGUGAUAAUUAUAACCACAUUGACAACUUCAUUCGUGUCAGGUUCCUUAAUGAAGAUGGCCAAAGAGGAAUUUAUUGGGACGGUGCUCAGAAUGAUGGCAUACUUGACCAUAUCCGUAAAGUUAUGAAGAAUGGCUUUACAAUUGGGGAUAAAUUAUUUAAGUUCCUACAUUUCUCAAACUCGCAAAUAAAAAGUCACUCGUGCUGGUUCAUGAAUGAAGUCCCAGGUGAGCUAGAGUACAGCACCUUCAUCAAAUCCCUCGGAAAUUUCAGUAAGGAAAAGUCUAUCUUCAAAGGAAUCGCUAGAAGAGGUCAGGCUUUUAGUAGCAGUGUUGCUACUGCCAAGCUUGAGAUUAGCAACCAAAUAAUUGAAGUCCCUGAUAUUGAAAGGAACGGAUACACUUUCUCUGAUGGAUGUGGAGAGAUCGACAAAGAGUUCUUUGAAGAAAAGAUCCUUAAGAAGCAUUUUAAACACUCCAUGUGCUCAGCCAUACAGAUCAGGAUGGGAGGGUACAAGGGAGUACUCCUGGCGACUAAUAAUUUAGCAGGGAACUGUAAGGUCUUGACGAAGAAGAGUAUGAAUAAGUUUGAGUUACCUGAGAGUCAGACUGAAGUUAACCUCGAGGUAAUUAGGCUUGCAACUUAUAUGAAUGGGUAUCUGAACAAGCAAAUCAUACUUGUGAUGUGGUCCAAUGGAAUUGAUGAAAAUGUAUUCAUUAAGAUCCAACAAAAUUAUAUUUCUGAGUUGCUGUCUUACUAUCAUUUGAAGAACUUGGAUAUUGACAGUCGGUAUCCUGCAGAACUAUUUCAAUCAUUCUGUGUCAUUCAGAGGAAGAUAGAAGGCAUGCACAAACAAGGAGAUGACUACUAUAAAGACCCAUUCAUCAAGCCUAUCAUCAAGUCAAUUUGCUUUAACAGACUUAGAGAUGUAUGCAAAUAAAUUCAGGAUCUUCGAUAAGUUCAGUUGCAAUCUCAUUGGAGUAAUUGAUCCUUAUAAUUGCCUUGAAGAAAACGAAGUCUUCAUCCAAAUCAACAAAAGCACUAAAUAUUGACGUGAAAGAAACGCCGAAGACACUACACUUGUCUCUGGCAAAGUCUUGGUGACAAGGUCUCCAUGAGUCCAUCCUGGUGACCUCAGAAUCCUGACUGCUGUUGAUGAGCCGAUGCUUCAUGACAUGGUCAACGUAAUUGUGUUCUCAGCCAAAGGAGAUAGGCCAGACCAACACAAAAUGGGAUCAGGUGACUUAGAUGGAGACAUUUAUUGGAUCAACUGGAGACCUGAUUUUGUGUACAACUAUAUUGAAAAAGAACCUGACACAAAAAACCCAGAGUUGCUUGAGUUAAUAUUAGAAGAGAAAGCUAUGACGGUGGCUUCAAAAUACACUCUGAACAAAACAAUAAACAGAGAGAAAUGCAUCCUUGCAUUCAUUGACUACUUAAGAAAAGACAUUUUGGGGCAAGUUGCUUUCUUGCAUCUGAAAGCGGGUGAUAAACGUCGAGACAAUUUGAAGAAGAAAGAUUGACUGAUACUUGCAAAGAUGCAUUGAAUUGCUGUAGAUAGUGCAAAGAGUGACCACCAAAUUAAGGUGGAAGUAUUUAAAGUAAUUCAAAACAAAUAUCCAAGAUUUGUUGACUUUCUAUACUUUGAUUCCAAACCAGGAAAGAAUAAGAAAGUUUUCAAGUCUCCAGGUAUUUUGGGAAUUCUUCACAGAAAAAUUAAAGUAGAUAUUGAUAAUGAAGAGCUUUAUUUACUCGAAUACCAAACAAAGAUUCUCAAAGAUUAUCAAAUAGACCAUCAACUUCUUCAAAAUGAUGCCAUCUGCAAGCAUCUUUCAUUUAUUUACCAAAAAGUUGUAAUUCCCUUCAACAGCUUCAUCAGAAACAUCCUUCUGGAGAACAACUUAGUGUCAGAAGGAGACCUGUUCAACAGCACUUGCGAGUUCUCAAGUCUGACUUUCAGAAGGGAUGACGCCAUACAGAUCAGACAGAGUCUUUCGAUGCUGUUUGAUAAAGUCAAAGAGGAGUUUAAUCAAGUCAUCAAAGACUAUCAACUUGACAACUUUGUUACUAUCGGUGUAGAAGAAACCAAACUUCAACACAUCGAACAGUUCGAAAUGCUCCCUGAACUAAGCUGUACACUCAAAUUCCUGGCAUAUUUCAACCACAAACAUUAUUCUCAAGUCAAACUACUGUUCAAUAACGAAAAUUUCGACGAGUUCUGGGAGCUCUACUUACAAGAAACAGACAUUGAGACAGACCCGAUCAACUACUCAAGCUACAAGAGAAUCGCAAAGUCAACGUACAACGAAGAGGAUGAGUUGUCAUCAGUACUAUCUCAGUCACAGAUAUUCUCAUCAUGGUGGUUGCUUACCUCCUAAUUAGAUCUUAAAGCUUCAAUUGUUC